AUGGCCGACGAGUAUGCGAUCGCGAUGACACCACUGGCCACGUCGCCGGUGCGGGUCCCCAACGACGACGACACGGCCCAUUGGACCCAAGCGAUCGACGCCGACGGCAACGUCUACUACUUCAACGCAAUGACGCGCGAGACGACGUGGGACCCGCCGCGCGGGUGGCAGCCGCCGACGUGGGAUACGUGCGUUGACGCCAACGGCAGCGUCUACUAUUACAACCGCGCGACCAACGAGUCGGUGUGGGAGCUUCCUCAGACCCCAGCUCUACACUCUGCGCUCACGUUUUCAGGUUAG